GAAUGAAUAACAGAAGGAGCGAACAAUAAGAGAAGGAAAAUGCAGGAACCAGCCAGUAGAUACAAAGCAGUAAGUCACAUCUCGACCUACCCAAGUCUUUGAUACCUUGUCAACUUUGUGUGACUGCUACGCGCCCAAGUCCAUGUCAAAGCCCGUGCCACAUGUUGUGCGCUUCGCGUUUUGCGUACGCGCCAAUCAUGGCAACAACAGCCAAUUCCAAGUGUCGCACACUUCGUAGCCGGCCUCGGUGCAUCAAGCGACACAUACCCAGUCAGAAUGUGGUUGUGGAUUUGGUAGGCGUCUACCGAAACCCAAAGCCGACGGGCGAUUGGUCGGUCACGAAUAGUUUGCAGCUACCACCGCGAACGCGAUCGACAGAUUGUUUAUGUACUGUCAGUCACGAUAUAAUCGAGGGACAUGGAUUUGCUAGGAUUGUCAUUCGAAAUGUACAGCGAGAAGAGAAUCAGAUCGUCAACGGAAAUGAAAAGCGCAAUCUUGGGACUUUGGUCAGGGCAAAAGCUCGGCUCAUCGGCGCGUGUGUAAACAACUGUCCCCUUCCAUCCUCCUCCUUCCCGCAUACCUGUUCAUACUCGAGCAUGGUUCUCUCCAGCCUUGCGCGAUUUCUAACAUGGUUAUUGGAGCGGCGCUGGUACUGUCGAGAUCCGAAUCAUGUUCUGUGCUGAUCUGGCGUAACACGGCAAACAAACGAGGAUACUGGCCGGAUGCACAAGUCACCAUCGGAACCAACCACGAUUCUGGAAGAAAUGGAAGAUUGACCCAACGAGCCCCUCGCUUUUCCGACCAGAACCGAGUAUACAAGAUUCAAUAUUCACUAAAUCGCAAGUCGUUACAAAUAGGUAGCCUCGCAGCCUCAGACCUCUUCGACGUCCAUGAAAUCAGGCUAUGCUGGGACAGACU